CGCUCGGUGUCGGCGAUCUUGGUUAUGUAUUUCCCGACGAGCGUGACGUCCGUCCGCGAGUGGACAACGCACGACACGAGGCACUUUUCCCGUUUAAGGCGCAUCGAGGGAGACAAAUAGCGCAGCUCGCAAUUUCGUGCGACGACCAGCCUGUCGUGAUUUCGGAGCACCUCGCGGCGCUCGUCAUCUGUCCCACGCUUCAAAUCGCGUUCGCGGGUCGCCGCGCGGCCGGACCAUGUUUCUCCGCGGGAUCUGAGCCGCCGGCGUCGAGAUGUUGUCCGUCCUGCGGAGCGCUCGGCGCCCGCCGCGCGGAAUCCUCGAGCGAUCCGGCAGGUCCUGGCCCAACCUGUCGUCGCUCGUACGCUGUAAAUCAGAAAACGUAGUCGUCACCAUCGCCGACGUGUCGAAGGUGGUGAGGCCGGCGAGCAAUCCGGAGUACGUUCCAAGGAAAUACUUGUUGAACACGCACUCUCAGGAGACGCUGAGAAACCUGAAAUGGAUGCUGCAGAAGGACGUCUUGCGGCAGGACAUGUUCCUGACGGGCGGACCGGGUGUGCGGAGGCGCGAUCUCGCGCUCGCCUACCUGGAGCUGACGGGGCGGGAGCUGGAGUUCAUCGCGCUCACCCGCGACACGACGGAGGCGGACCUGAAGCAGCGGCGGGAGAUCAAGAGCGGCACCGCGUACUAUCACGAUCAGAGCGCGGUGAGGGCCGCGACCAACGGCCGGGUCCUCCUGAUCGAGGGCGUGGAGAAAGCGGAGCGGAACGUGCUGCCCGUGUUGAACAAUCUGUUGGAGAACCGCGAGAUGCACCUGGAGGACGGUAGAUUUCUCGUUCCCGCGUCCCGCUACGACAAAUUGCUCAAGAUGCACACCCAGGCCGAGUUGGACAAGUGGCGUCUCGUGCGAGUCAGCGAAGAUUUCAUCGUGAUAGCGCUGGGCCUGCCGUCACCGCGGUAUCCUGGUCAUCCGUUAGAUCCCCCGCUCAGAUCUAGGUUCCAGGCCCGUCACAUUCCGCCGCCGACGUUCGAGGAACAAUUUGAGGUCCUGAGAAACUUAACGCCGAACGUCGACGCUGGGAAAUUGUCGCAAUUGUUAUCGUGCGCUCACGCAUUAGUUACUCAGGAGGCUGUCACCAUAGGCCUGCCAGACUUUCCUUUGGACAAUUUGUCGUCGGCCGCUCUAAUUAUGGACAAAAGUCCCGACUUGCCGGUGUACGACGUCUUCUAUAGGUUUUAUCCGUACAAACUAUUUUUGGGUAAAGAGGGUCAGAGCGCCGUCGAGGAUAUCCUUAGAACAUUUAGCGUAUUGAACGAUUCCAAAGUGGAGCGCUCAGUUACUAGCGAAGUAGACGCUAUCAAGAAGGCUGACGAUUUCUUGGAGAUCGGCAUAAAACGCGAAAAUACGAAGACAAGUUUUCACGUUCCCUGCGGCACGGGCCAAUUAUCUGGCGCUGCGAACAACGAUUGUUAUAUAGAAACUAAUUAUCAGAAUAAUUUGUUGGCGAGCAUGCUGGAAUCCCAUUUGACGUCCGAUUUCUGUCUGAUCGGGCCGAAAGGCUGCGGCAAGUCCACCACCGUCCGACGGCUCGCCGAUUUACUAGGGUACCAGGUGGAGCCGAUAGUGCUUUAUCAGGAUAUGACUUCCAGGGACCUGAUACAACAACGGACCACGUCGCUUAACGGCGACACGGUCUGGAGAGAUUCGCCGCUGGUCGACGCGGCCCUGCACGGCAAACUGGCCGUGCUGGACGGCAUCAACAGGAUUCAUUCUAGUACCUUAGCCAUACUGCACAGAUUCGUUCACGAUCGGGAGCUCCAGUUGCACGAUGGUAAGCGGCUCGUGCGAGCCGACCGUUACGACGAGAUAAAGAGAGAGUAUAACAGAUCCGACGAGGAGAUGCGCGACCGCGGCGUCCUGCGAAUCCAUCCCGCCUUCAGGCUAGUAGCCCUGGCCGAACCGCCGGUCGUCAACAGCUCGUCCGGUCAGUGGUUGAAUUCCGAGCUGCUCAGCUUGUUCCUCUUCCACGAGAUGAGGCCGCUCGACAAGCGCGAGGAGAUCCACGUCAUUCGAUCGAAGUUCGGCGAACCUAGCCAAGCGUUGCUAAGUAUCGUAGAGUUAGCGCAUGUCUUACGUUCGUCCAACGAUCCGACCCUGCUGUCCCUCGUCGGAUCGCUCAGCACCCGGCAGCUCCUGCGAAUCGCGGAGCGAAUGCACCGAUUUCGGUGCGACGACGCACACGACGCGGUGCAACGCGCGUGUCUGGCGCGCUUCUUGCCGGCGAUCGCGAAAGAGGCCCUCGCGGACUCCUGCCGUCGCCUUGGCAUCGUCCCGUCAAACACGGCGUCAGAUUCGGCGAUCGAGUGCUCGGUUACGGAGGACUCGGUGAAGAUCGGCGACACCGUCGUAGAUCGGUAUCGCACCGCGGCGCUCAGUAAAGUACCCGACAUUUUGUUCUAUGACGUGCCGGAACACGUCGCGCUCUUGGAGCGGCUGCUGCAGGACUACAGUCUGGGGCAGAAUCUCCUGCUGGUCGGCAAUCAGGGCGUCGGCAAGAACAAGGUCGUGGACCGGCUGCUGCAGUUGCUCAACAGGCCGCGCGAGUACAUUCAGCUGCACCGCGACACGACCGUGCAAACUCUGACCCUGCAGCCGAUGGUCAGGGACGGUAAAGUCGUUUACGAGGACUCGCCGCUCGUGCAGGCCGUUAAACUGGGCCACGUCCUCGUCGUCGACGAGGCGGACAAAGCGCCCACGCAUGUGACGUGUAUAUUGAAAACCCUCGUGGAAUCGGGCGAAAUGAUUCUGUCGGACGGUCGACGAAUUGUUUCCCGUGUCAGCGGCAACGCCCGCAACGCGAACACCAUAUCGAUGCACCCGGACUUCAGGAUGAUCGUGCUAGCGAACAGGCCGGGCUUCCCGUUUCUGGGCAAUGACUUUUUCGGCGCUCUGGGGGACCUGUUCAGCACGCAUUCCGUCGACAAUCCGAGCAUUCGAAGCGAGAUUCAGCUCCUGAAGCAGUACGGUCCGCACGUAGACGAGCGGACGAUACACAAAUUGGUGAAAGCCUUCGGCGAGCUGAGAAGUAUGGCCGAUCAAGGUCUAGUCUCGUAUCCCUACUCGACCCGAGAAGUGGUUAACAUAGUCAAGCAUCUAGAGAAAUUUCCGAACGAACCGUUGGCCACCGUAGUGCGCAACGUCUUCGAUUUUGAUCGAUACAGCCAGGAAAUACUCGACACUCUGGUAAACGUGCUUCAUAAGCACGGAAUUCCCGUUGGAACGAGUCCAAUCAAUGUUGCCUUAGCUAAGGAAAUACCCUUGCCCGAGAUGAAGAUCUGUGGUAGUUGGAACGUUUUGAGCACGUUCCAAAAUAUACCCGUUCAGGAAAGGUACGUUAAGUUGAAACCGCCAACGUUUCCGGCGCAAAACGAUCGAACUCUGGAUCGAGUUGAAGCCAGAUCGGCCUGGUUCACGGAACUUCAGAGUUACUGGACAAUGCCCAUUAGCGAAAACGGCACGGUGGCCGCUUUAGCGGUCGCGAAUGGAAGUAAAGGGGAUGGCACGGACGACAGAGUGCACGUUCUCACCUCGAAUCCUUUGAGUAUAUUUAGCAUGACGCCGGAGUCCGAGCAGGUUCGCGAGACGUCGCUGCAGGGCUUGAUCAGCCCCGUCAGGGGCAAUAUGCCGUUUUAUAGCAUCGCGGUCGACAAUCUCGGGGACGUUUUGGUUCACGAGGAAACUAGCAAUUCUGUACUUGUGGUAAACGUAAAUGAGGGUUCGGUCCGACAAGUGCAGUCCUCGACCUAUCUGGAUGUCGCCAGCGACCGAAUAUCGAGCGCCUUCAGGAGCAGAAAUUUUCAAUGGAAGAUGAAGGCGGAUCUACUCCCGUCGCACAAUCUGAUUGUUUUGUACACGCAGGACCACGACAGACUCGAAGUUAUCAAUUUGCAAAGUAUGUGCGCUUACUCGAUGAGUUUGCCGUGCAACAUCGAGUCGGUCUUACUCGCCUCCGACAGGAAAUGGCUGAUCCAGGACGCGUCCAAGGACAAGUACAUUCUCGCGAAAUCCUCGGAUUCCGAUCCGUGCCCGAACGUGUUGCGCGAGUUGGACGAGUCUAACAGCGCCGAUCUGAAGACCGGCAGUAUCCUGAGCUGCGGCACGAGCAGUCUGCACAAAGCGGAGUUGAGCAGUGCUCUUCAGCAGAAGAUAGACUGCCCGAACAGGCUUCUAGUGACCGAUAAUACGUACGCCGGCAUAGCGACGGGAUUCCCCGAUCUGGACAGUUCCAACGAGCUGCACUUCUGGCCGAGGAAAGAGAGAACGCGCAGCUUCAUGACGCCCAUCGUUACGCAGAACGGUCAGGUGAUCAGAACGAUUUCGCCUAAUCAGGUGCCCGACGAGGUUUACCCGAAGGGCACGAAGCACACGGGAAUUUCCGGUUACUUGGAGAUAGUCGACACGGUAAACCACAAGCUGCGAUACAUUCCAAUCCCGGAACCGGUUAACGUCUCGCCACUGACCCAGUGGCUGUAUGCGAAGGACCUUCCGCUUUAUGCGUCACUUACGUCGAACGGAGGUCUCGUCACAAUAGACGCCGGUGGCUGCGUCCGUUUAUGGGAGACAUCAAUUACGGAUAUAGAAAAGUCGUUAGGAGCGUGGCGCAAGAUGAUAGGCGCCGGCGAGGAGAAGAUGCAGAUCACCAGGGAGAGGUAUUCGGGGCAGGACGUCAGCGGGCCGAAACACGGAAAGGUUGAUAAGAAUAACGAGCCACACGUAGGCGGUAAUACCUGGGCCGGAGGAACCGGAGGGAGAGACACGGCGGGUUUGGGCGGAAAGGGAGGUCCGUACCGGCUGGACGCCGGGCACACGGUGCACCAACUCAGUGACGAGGAGAAGAACGCGGUGCCGGAACACGUGAAGAAAGCCGCGCGCGAGAUGGGCGUUCGCGCGUUCAAGCAGCGGCUCAGGGACAUAAAAAUGAGCGAGUACGACCACAAGCUGUACUCUCAGUUCAGCGACGCGGUUCAGAAUCAGGUGCAGGCCUUGCGGGUCAUAUUAGGCACGCUGCAGGCAAAGAGCAAGGAACGGCAGUGGUGCAGGCAUCAGACCUCGGGCGAGCUGGACGAUACGAAGUUAAUCGAGGGCUUAACGGGCGAGAAGACGAUUUACCGGCGCCGGGCGGAGAAGGAGCCGGAGAUCGGCGCUCCGCAAUUGAAGCCGAAGCGAUUGAAACUCGUCGCGGACGUGUCCGGCAGCAUGUACAGGUUCAACGGCUACGACGGCCGGCUGGAUCGCCAGUUGGAGGCCUGUGUCAUGGUAAUGGAGGCUUUCAGCGGCCACGAGGGUAAAUUUCAAUACGACAUCGUCGGCCACUCCGGCGACGAUUACCGUAUUGUCUUUGUCGAUCGCACGCAACCGCCGGCGGACAAUAAGCGAAGACUGGAGGUGAUUAAGACGAUGCACGCCCACUCGCAAUUUUGCAUGUCCGGCGAUAAUACAUUGGAGGCGACGCAGCAUGCAAUCGCCAGCCUGGCGAAAGAGGACUCCGACGAAUCCAUCGUGGUUGUGCUCUCGGAUGCGAAUCUAGAGCGUUACGGGAUUUCCCCGCAACGCUUCGCAAAAUUACUGACGUCCAACGCGGACGUGAACGCCUACGCUAUUUUCAUUGGAUCGUUGGGUGAUCAAGCGACCAGGCUGACGAAGAAGAUGCCCUCUGGCCGCGCGUUCGUGUGCAUGGAUCUUAAGAAUAUACCACGAAUUCUGCAGCAGAUCUUUGCUGCUUCGGUUUUAAGUACAACGCGGUCGACUUAACGUGAAUGACGAUUAGCUGAAUCUUGCGUAGGAAAAAUACGGCCGACAGCGUCUUUUUUGCUUUAUAGUUGUUAACUAUUUGAUACAAUUUCCGGGAAUACAUGCUUUUAUAUAACACAUUCACGUUUAUAAAAUUAUUGUAUAUUCCUGUAAAUAAAACUUUGUAGACGUCUUUUAAGAACGAGCA